AAAAGUAGCCGCGAGCGGAGCAUCCACGCUUUGGGACGCUAGAGUUUUGAACUUUGAAAAAUAAUGUUACUGUUGACACGGAUCUGGGUGCUAGGGUUGCUGGCCUUCAGUUUGGUCAGCGCAGAAUACUUCACCACCAAAACAGCCGACAAAGACUUCCUAUUGAAGCAAAAGAAGAUUUACAACUUACUUUAUCACAUCUCUCAACCCAAUGUGGUGAACGUUCAAUUGUACAACGAGGGUCAAGCAUGGAACAUCGAGAACAGCAUUAAUUUGUACAGGAAUCCGGAUGCCGUGAAAGAAUUCAUGUACAUGUACAAAAAUGGAAUGCUUCCACGGGGAGAAAUGUUCUCGCCUUAUUAUCCAAAAUUGCUUAAAGAAAUGGUAGCUCUGUUCAGACUGUUCUAUUACGCGAACGAUUUCGAUACUUUCUACAACACAGCACUUUGGGCAAGAAUUUACGUAAACGAGGGUCAAUUCUACUUUGCUCUUUGCAAUGCUGUAAUCAGAAGACCGGACACUAAAUACAUUCAAUUACCACCCCCAUAUGAAAUGUACCCGUACGCGUACUUCAACUCUGAGGUGCUUGAAAAGGCACACCAUGCCAAAGUUUUCGGUAAACUAGACUCGCAGAAAACUGGACCAUACGAAACGUACAUCAUUCCUGCCAACUAUUCCGGCUGGUACCUUAAUCGCGAAUACAAUUUUGAGAACAAGUUGAACUAUUUCACAGAGGACGUAGGUCUGAACGCGUACUACUUCUUCUUCCGUCAAGAAUGCCCAUUCUGGCUGAGCUCGAACGAAUUUGAUUUCUUACAAUACCGAGGAGAAGAAUACCUUUACGGGCACAAACAACUGUUGAACAGAUACUAUCUGGAAAGACUUUCCAAUGACCUGCCUAAAAUCGAAGACUUCGACUGGCAGAAACCAUUCUACGCUGGUUACUAUCCUACUAUGACAUAUCACAAUGGAAUGCCGUACCCACAGAGACCAGACUGGAGCAACUUCCCUGUCUACAAAUACAAAUAUAUUCAGGAUAUAAUGGACAUGGAAUCAAGAAUAACUGCAGCAAUUGAUUCUGGCUUUAUACUGAGAAACGACAGCAAGUGGUACAAUAUAUACCAGGAGGAUGGUUUGAAUAUGCUUGGAAAUAUAAUCGAGGGUAACGGAGACUCUUACAACCGUGACUUCUAUGGCAGCAUCGAUACGUUGGGCAGAAAGAUCCUUGGUUACAAUUUGGAACCAGCCAGCCCCUAUCAAAUCUUCCCUAGCGCCCUGGAAACGUUCAGCAGCUCCAUGAGGGACCCUGCAUUCUACAGGCUUUACAAGAGAAUAUACCGCUAUUACUACAGAUACAAAAUGCGUCAAGAACCAUACACCAGAGACGAAAUUGUUUACCCAGAAUUAAAGAUUGAAUCGUUCGUUGUUGAUAAAUUAACCACAUACUUCGAUCAAUAUGACACAUCCAUCAGCAAUGGUUUAUUAGUAGAAGAUCAAAGAGAAGCCGAAACAUCGUUAAUAAAAAUUAGACAGUACCGUCUGAAUCACAAGCCAUUCAACUUCCACAUCACGGUUAACUCUGAGAAACCAAUGAAAGCGGCGUUCAGAAUCUUCCUUGGACCCAAAUACGACUCGCACCACAAAUUAGUAGAAAUUCCAGACAGUCUGAAAUACUUCUACGAAAUCGACAACUGGAUCGUUGACUUGACCGCCGGACAGAACAAAAUCGGACGUAACAGUCAAGACUGCUUCUUCGUGAUUCCCGAUCAAGAACCAAGCGAAGUGUUCUACAAGAAAGUCCUGAAGGCUCUCGAUGGUGCGGAAUCGUUUACUUAUAACGAGAGAGUAUUUGGAUUCCCGGAAAGACUGUUGUUACCAAAGGGCAAAAAGGAAGGAAUGCCGUUCCAAUUCUUCUUAUACGUCAGCCCAGUGACUACAGAAGUACCAUAUACUUCCAGAAUAUGGGGCAGUUAUAAAUUUGACAAGAGACCAUUUGGUUUCCCUCUAGACAAGCCUCUUUAUGACUUCAAAUACGAUGGCCCUAAUAUGAUGUUCAAAAACAUUCUUAUUUAUCACAAGGACGAAUUUGAAAUGGGUCUUACUUAUUAAAUACUUUUCUUCUUUCGCUUGUAUCUUGCACAUUUACUUCUAUGAUAUCGUAAUUUUAUAAUAAAUGCUACUUUUUCUAUCUCCCAA